AUGCCAUCGGCGGUUAGUGGCGGCGGAGGUCACGGCGGAGGCGGCGGCGGUAAUAUGAAUCCCCAGUCGAACGAAGAGUGCGGGAUCCGGGACGUUUGGCGGCACAAUCUUGAUGAGGAGUUCCGAACGAUACGGCUCAUCGUACAGAAGUAUCACUUCGUGGCGAUGGAUACAGAGUUUCCCGGCGUAGUCGCGCGACCGGUUGGCGAGUUCCGGUCGUCGGCGGACUACCAGUACCAGAGUUUGCGCUGCAACGUGGAUCUGCUACGCAUCAUCCAGCUUGGGCUGACGUUCAUGGACGACGACGGACGCACGCCGACCGGCUUUUCAACGUGGCAAUUCAACUUCAAGUUCAGUCUCGGCGAAGACAUGUUUGCACAGGAUUCUAUCGACCUGCUGCUCAACUCGGGCAUACAGUUCAAGAAACACGAAGAAGAUGGCAUUGAUCCGCUUGACUUUGCCGAGUUGCUGAUGACGUCGGGCAUUGUGCUGAUGGACAACAUUAAGUGGCUUAGUUUCCACUCGGGCUACGAUUUUGCCUACCUGUUGAAGUUGCUUACCGACCAAAAUUUGCCGGCAGAAGAGGGAGACUUCUUUGAGCUGCUGCGGAUCUACUUUCCGACCAUCUACGACGUCAAGUAUCUGAUGAAAUCGUGCAAGAAUCUUAAGGGCGGACUGCAGGAGGUGGCGGACCAGCUAGAACUGAGGCGUGUUGGACCGCAGCAUCAGGCCGGCUCGGACUCGUUGCUGACGGGGAUGGCAUUCUUCAAAAUGCGAGAGAUGUUCUUUGAGGACAAUAUCGACAAUGCUAAGUACUGUGGUCACCUGUACGGUCUUGGGACACCGUUUGUCGCGAAUGGCAACAAUACGACGACUGGCGGCGGUGGAAGUGGCGGCGGUGGGGGCGGUAGCACCGGUACUGGGUCUGGCGCGGGGGGCCCUUCUGGAACAGGCACCGGCACCAACAAUGCGAACAGCGGAAACAACGCGAAUAACAACAACAACAAUAGUAAACCAGAGCGGUAAAGCAGACAAAGGACGACGAGCCGACGUUGCAAGCUUCCGUUGGGAAUCCGAUAGGACACAUGGAGCCACCUUCGUAGCCUUGUGGCACUUUCGAUGCCUCACCUUGUUCUACUUGGUAAGGCCAACGUGGGCGGACGUUUGCGGUCAGAACGACACACUGGGCCAUAUGCGGAAAUAGCAGAACGACCGGCCCGGCCACGGAUGGUUCGUGAUCAAUGCGGAACCAUAGCUUGGUUCGCAGUACGAUAGUACCGAACGGAUCAACAAACGGAUGCAAUGGUGUAAAAUAUCGAGUUAUCGUGAGUCAGGUGCGUUAGAGUUAAGUUAAAAGAAGUGCAGAAACAAGUUUACAAUUAUGACCUAUUAAAGUGAUUAUGAGUAAAGGCUAACAUUAGAAAUUAAAAUAA